AAGUAAAGUUAGAAGAAAAAGAUAACAGAAUAGAGGAAUUGGAAGAGGGAGUAGAAGCAGAACAGGAAAUGGCUAUGAAAUCACUUGACAAAGCUGAGGAAUGGCAUGAGCGAAAAAACUUUGAAAUAGCUAUGCAGAAGGAUAUUUUUAUAUUUAACCAACAACAAAUAAUAGAAAAAUUGAGAAAGGAUUUAGAUGCUAGAGAUUAA